UGAAGGAAGUGGAACUAUAUGGCGGUGAACUUCGAGAUGAAUAAGGAUUUUACGAUCGGACAAAUAUAAUGGAGGCUUGUGGAUUAGGAAUUUUAUGUUGUUUGAGGAGAUAUCAUCAACCUAGAAAUUCACAGCCCAGAGAGCUUCCUCAAGUACAGCUAGAUACAGGGCAUAUGGGAAAUGAGGUCGUCAUUGUGAAAUCCGGUAAAAGGAUAUGUGGUUCUGGGGCAGCUUUAGCGAAUGCGGCGAUCCUUCAAAAUAAAUGCUACUUUGAAAUGAAAAUACAAUCUGGAGGCCUGUACCUAUGACCAUGUAGAGCUUAAUUUCUAUCACAAUGGGAAGCAUUUGCACUGUCCUAUAACGGGUGUGAAAGGAACAGUAUACCCAGUAUUUUAUGUUGAUGAUGGUUCAAUCCUAGAUGUUUGUUUCAGUGAAUUUGUUUUUCACGCACCAGAGGGCUUCCAGAAGAUUAUGUUUGAGAAAAAUCUGCUAUGACCCAUUGCUAAAUGAGUUGCAUUUAAUUUAGAAUUGUACCUAAAAUAAUUAAUUUUCUCAUUACAAAAUAGUGUUGUAGUUUUAAAUUUUCAGGUUGAAAUGACUUGAAACUAGGCUCAAUCAUAUUUUCUAUUGUUUCAAGUAGAUUACCAUUAUUAUUCAAUAGAGGAAGAAACAUAUAAACUUAGUUUGAAUUCAUUUUAACCUGAAUUUCAAUCCAACCUAUAAUAUCAUAAAACAGUGUGUGGUAUAAUAAAUGACUUUGAUGCUUUCAGUAUAAAAUUCUUGUGUCUUUUAUAUCAUAAUGAAUGUAAUUAGUAUCCUCAAAUUGGUGAAUUCAGUUUCCAAGUGGAUGCCCACAUGUUACUAGUUAUGUCAUAAAAGCAAUAGAACACAUAUUUUCUGGGCUCUAUAAUGUGAUAAAGCCUUUUAGGAUGUUGGAGGAACACAUUGAAAGCUUAUAAAUCUCUCCCCUAUGGCUUUUGAUUUAUAAAUAAGCUUUGCUUGUGUUCUGCCAACAUCCUGUGUGGCUUUGUCACAUUCUAGAGCCUGGAAAAAUGUGUUGUAUUGCUUAAGUAGAGUUUAGAAGAAAUAGAGGUUUAUAUUAGAAGAUAUGCAUAUCUUAUUUUAAGUAGAAAAUAAAAUAUAUGUUAUGUAACUCAACAUUGAGGAUUAUAAAUGUAGAGCUGGUUAUUAAUAUGUCAUGACUUUAUGCAAUCGGUGCUUCUUAGGCUUUCUCUAGAAGAAGGUUGAUUUAACUUAAAAAAACGUCCUUCCACUGUUAGCUUUUGGCUCUCUUACACUGUUUUCGAAAAUAUAUGUUCUGAUAAAAGAUUCAGCUACAUUGAGGAUUUUUGAGGAUGCAAUUUUGUUAAAGAAUGGCUAAACUUUCAUAAUCCAUACAGUUUUCUUGAAGCCAAUAUUCUUUGCUAGAAUUGUGUUUUACUAUUUUAAGGUUUGGAGAUAUAUGACAAGGUAUAUAACAAAUCUGACCAGUUUCAAACAGUACUGGCCAGUUAUUCAUUUCUCAAUUAAUUUUUCUACUAUUCAAUAACUAGCAAUAUAUUCACACAGAUAAAGAUUUCAAAGAUUUGGAAAAUGUUCAGCUCUGUAUAAGGCUAAGAGGGUAAUUAAGAGUCUGAAAGAAUUAAUUAAUGAUAAAUAUAGAACAGAGAUAAAUUUUUUCUCUUCUCUCUCCAAUCAUGAAUUCUAUUAACUUUUCCAAAUGGAGUAACAUUUUUCUUAUGGUCACUAGCCAGAAUGUAAUUCAGUUUCCCCUUGUUUUUAUCAAAUUUAUCUGUCUUGACCAAUAUCCUAACAAAGCUUUUUUCUCAUGCGUUUGAGUAUUCAAAAGUAUACAGAGUUUUCUAACAUAUAGUAUUAUACAGGAUGCCUAGCUAAUGGCAUCUUGUACUCUCUGAAUUAUUUUUUCAUCAUUUGAAGUCCUUUGUUAUAUCACUGUCAGUAAUUUUAAGAAAAAGUGCUGGAGCUGUUAAAAUCUGUGAAAUUAGUGAGGAUAACACUUUAGGACAAGUGAUAAACUUAUUCAGAAAAAUGAUGCUUGAUAUAUUAUAGUUUGUGUACAAGCUAGUUACACUGUUUGCAACUUGUUCAAUACCUUAGUUUAUUUUUUAACAAUUUCCUGCAGUGCCUUAUUUUUUUUCUUUUUUAACAAUUGUGUAAAAUUACCAUUUAUGACCCCGUUGGUUUCAUCAUCCUCUAUUAAAUAGUAUUUUGAUUUGGAUAACCUAAUAAUAUACAUGAUUAAUCUUAA